GACUACUAUGAAAAGGCAACAUUAAAUCCUAUGAUUUUCCCGCCAAUGGGACAAUCAUAUAUUAGAUUGAAAACGAACGAACGAUUAGUUAACCUGUUGCUAGAGGUUGAAUUUAUCGACGAGUCGUUCUUGCCAGGAACGAUUCAAAAUGAGUUCUCUGCUAUUUGGACGAAGAUCAACCCACAAUCAGCAGCUAGAAAAAAUACAAUAUUAAGCGCAUUCACGGUAGUGUCUACAUUAUAUCUGGGAUUUUUCAUAAUCUCUAGUAUGCAGAGAAGGCACGUUCAGGGUCCUAACCUGCAACCUAAGUUCAUCGAAUUUGUGGAUAACACAAUCUAUACAUCACACCAAGUUAUCGUCAGAAUCGAGAAUAUGAGACGUUCGGUACCAUCGAAAGAAUGGGCGAUCAUCCUGGAAGACGUUUUGGAAGAAAAUAAAGAACUUUUUCAUGGGACUGGCGUGUUUCCUAGCAUUCAUUCCACAAUCCUACAUCAGAUCAGAUCCUUAUCAGGGUUCACCAAAUAUGUUAACCAAUGGAAGGUGUCACAAAUAUCUUGCAUUUUCCGAAUAAACAUUUUUUGUGCACAUCAAAAGUUUGAUGGAAUAUUGAUACGCAUCAAGAAGCCAAGGAAGGGUAGGAACAAAGAACAACAAAAGAAGGUGCACUUAACAGGAACAAACCUGCAAGUAGGAUUUGACAGUUCAAAGAGACAAAUAGGUGCCUAG